UUUGGCUCCCCUCAAUUCGCAAUCUAACCACAUUGGCCCCUCGCACCCCUCAUCACCGUGAUCACACCCAGCCAACGCCUCCUUGCGUCUUGGCUGGUGUUUGGUGCCUCUUAGCGGCUGGGUCGCUGGAUCCGUGAUCUAAUUAUAUAUCCGAUCUCUCUCUCGACUAGACUCCGGGUAGUGCGCAUGGUCUAUCACUUCGAUAGCGAUUAUCUCUCACUUCGCGGGCACACCGACUGCCAAGUGCCGACCCAAACCGGCUCACCCACGAGUGGACCUUUGCGGAAUCGUGUCACAUCCCUGCGCAGCGUGGCCAGGACCCAGCCAUUGCGUCUUGGCGAUUGCCAGUCGCGUACAUAUACGCUUGGUGGGUGUCCGCAGCGUCUCGCCGUCUGCAUAGGGAACUAGGCUAGGCACUACGUGGCCGCACCGACAUGUCAUUGAAGCAGGAAAUCGAGACAUGGGUACAGGCCCUCGAGCAUUAUGACAAUCAGGAGUAUGAUGAAGCCCUUCGGGUCUUUGGUACGAUUGCCGAGACAUCCAAGAUACUCUUCAACUGUGGGGUGAUCUAUGCGACGUUAGGGGAACAUGAGAAAGCGGUCGAGUGCUACCAGCGGGCGAUUGGCUUGGACCAAUACCUUGCCAUUGCAUACUUCCAGGAGGGGGUCUCCAACUUCCUCUUGGGAGACUUUGAAGAGGCGUUGGCCAAUUUCAAUGACACGCUGCUCUAUCUCCGGGGUAAUACGUCCAUUGACUAUGAGCAGCUGGGGUUGAGAUUCCGACUGUACUCGUGUGAAGUGUUGUUCAACCGUGGUUUGUGCUAUAUCUAUCUCCAGCAAAUGGGGCCAGGCAUGCAGGAUCUUGACUAUGCGUCGAAAGAAAAGGUCACACCGGACCACGAUGUCAUCGACGAAGCCCUUCGAGAGCAGGCAUCGGGUUACACGGUCUUUUCCAUCCCCGUGGGGGUGAUCUAUCGACCCAACGAGGCCAAAGUCAAGAACCUGAAGACCAAAGACUACCUGGGAAAGGCCCGGCUGAUUGCUGCGUCCGAGCGGACCAGCAUGCCGUUCGGGCCGAGCGACGACCUUAAGCGGACGCUGUCGAUGCUGGACCACCGCAAGCCCGAGCAUCUGCCGUUUGCCACGUCGCACCUGGUGCACAAGAACCUGCAGAGUCGGAGCCGUCAGCAUUCGGAGCCGCCUCUGAACCGUAAUCUCUUCCCUCCUACUCCCCCGCCGGACGCAGACAAGGCAAGUACCAACAGCUCCACAGGUAGUGUCACGAUGAACAGUCGACCGGGGUCCAUCCGGGCGGCGCGGCCGCCGCGGCUCGAACUGGCCGGUGCGGGCCAAAGCACAGAUACCCUAGUCGACAAGCCGCGGAUCGGCACGACGCGCACGGCGUCCGAGUCUCGAGCCAUGCGACCGGGUCCCCGAGGGCCAGACGCACCGGGCCAUCGACGGGGGGUGAGUGAUACGGGGUUUGCCCCGGCCGGGCCCUCGGAGGAGGUCUACUCGGGCACGCGAUCGAUGCCGGCGGGGGCCAAUUGGCGACGUCAGCAGGAACGGUACAUCGACGAGCAAGAGGAGUACGCCAGCGAUGCGGAUGAGGAUAAUGGGCCGGAUGGUGAGUUUGAGCUCGUAGGAACGCGGCAGCAGGGGUCCCCGAAGCGCAGUUCGCGACGGGGGACGUCACGACGGGUGGAAGUGCGCAAGUUCCGGGUGAAGGCGCACUCACACGAGGAUACACGGUAUAUCAUGAUGGAGCCGACGAUCGCGUUUGGGGAGUUUGAGACUCGAAUUCGGGAGAAGUUUGGGUUCCGGACGCUGUUGAAGAUCCGGAUGCAGGAUGAUGGAGAUAUGAUUACAAUGGUAGACCAGGAGGAUUUAGAUUUGUUGAUGGGAGGGUCACGAGAGGUGGCGCGCCGCGAGGGGAGUGAGAUGGGGAAGAUGGAGAUAUGGGUUGAGGAGCGAGGAGUGAUUUAG